AUGUCAACCGAUCCCAAACAACCAAUGCAAAUUACCGAUCAAAUGAAGUCUGAGAUUUCCAACUUUCAUCAGCAAAAUAUUCAACGAUAUCAAAAAUUCCUUGACGAAGUAACUCCAUAUGCCGGAUAUAGAUGGUUUGGUACCAUCGCUUUGGUGAUAUUGUUCAUGAUUCGUAUUUUCACAGUUAAAGGUUUUUAUAUAGUAACUUAUCCAAAGUUUGAUCCAUCUCUCGAAUUAGACAUAGCAGAAAGUGAAAUAGAGGAAGGACCAUCACUUCCUACGAAAUCGGAUGAAGAAUUUAGACCAUUCAUUCGACGGUUACCUGAAUUUAAAUUUUGGUAG